AUGGACGAAUUGACGAAUUACAUAAAACAAGACAUUGCCAGUUUGAACAAACAACUAUCGAUUCUUCAGGAGAUGUUACAGAGACGCAAGGACAGCGUGGGAACGAACCGAAGUCAACACUCACAGUCUGUUGUCGUUACGCUGCAGUCGAAGCUGGCAACCAUGAGUACGGAAUUCAAAAACGUUCUUGAACUUCGUACGGAAAAUAUGAAACAGGAGAAGGUUCGGAGAGAAAAAUUUUCUUCUAACCAGUCGAUUCCAUCUACAUUGCCGCCGUCUGCCUCCCACGGAGACAUGGGUUCCCUUCUGCUUCACGACAGUGCCUCUGAUGCUCCUCGGUCUCACAGCUUCGUGAUGAACAUGGACGAUGUGGGCAAAAGGCAUGUCCAGCAACAGUUGCAGUUGAUCGACGAACAGGACUCGUACGUUCGCAGCCGCGUUGAAACAAUGGCUAACAUAGAAUCCACUAUCGUUGAUUUGGGUCAGAUUUUUCAGCAGCUGUCUCAUAUGGUUCAGGAACAAGGCGAGGUAGUUCAAAGGAUCGAUAGCAACGUGGAAGAGGCUAGUUUAAGCGUCGAAGCAGCGCAUAUGGAGCUUCUAAAGUAUUUUCGGGGAAUAUCUAAAAAUAGGUGGCUGGCUAUCAAGGUUUUUGGUGUAUUGGUCAUAUUUUUUAUUUUCUUUGUUGUUUUCUUUUUAUAA